AAGCAACGAACCAAUUUGGUGACUGGUUUUGGGUACGGUGGGUUAAAUGAAUCUGAUGACUAAACCUCACCUAUACAUACAUACAUGUAUCCCCUCUAUAUAUCUAUAUAUCAUACACCCAUGUAUAUAUAUAAUCCUAAAACCCUUCCUCAACAAAAACACAGAGUCUUUCAGCCUAAAUAACAAAACUUUAGCUUAAAUGCAAAUAAAUCUUCAAAGGGUUUGAAUCAACAACUGCUGAAUUUGGUUAAAAAUUUGAUCUUUUUGUUGGGUUCUUCUCAAGAGUUUACAAAGAUGCCUACAUUGGUUAAGUACAGUGGUGAUGAUGAACGUCAUAAGGGUAGAUCAAUAUGCUCCAUGGAUCCGACCCGUUUGUUAUCUGUUCAUGAUCUUUACAUCCGACCUUACAAACGGGCCCGAAUCACUGACCCGUAUAAAGAAAACAACCCAUCAAUUGAAAUCCUCCCUGACGAAUGUCUUUACGAGAUCUUUAUUCGUUUAUCGGGUCCCCAAACAAGAAGCAUAUCCGCUUGUGUAUCAAAGCAUUGGCUUACAAUCAUAAGCAAUAUCCGAAACUCAGAACUCAAGUCAAACAAAGUCAAAGUCAAAGCUGAAGUCAACGACCAGUUGUUGAACGACAAUGAACAAGAGAACGAUGGGUAUCUCACGAGGUCGUUAGAAGGUAAGAAAGCGACCGAUACAAGACUCGCUGCAAUCGCUGUUGGUACGUCUGCCCGAGGUGGAUUGGGCAAGCUUUCGGUCAGGGGGAGUAGUAAAGUUACAAGUGUUGGGUUCCUCUCGAUCGCAACUAGCUGCCCGUCUUUAAAGGUUCUUUCGUUAUGGAACGUUCCUUUGAUUAAAGACGAGUUGUUGGUAAAUAUCUCCAAUGAAUGUCACGUGUUAGAAAGUCUUGAUCUUUCGCAAUGCCCGUUAAUCACCAACGCGGGUUUGGCUUCAAUCGCGGAAAACUGCCCGAACUUAAGUUCAUUAACGAUCGAGUCGUGUAAAAACAUAGGUAACGAGAGUCUUCAAGCCGUUGCCCGCUGCCCGAAUCUACAAUCUAUCUCGAUAAAAGACUGCCCGCUUAUUACCGAUCAAGGAAUCACUACUCUUUUAUCGUCAUCUUCGGUUCUUACGAAGGUUAAGCUUCAAUCGUUAAACAUAACCGACUCAUCGCUUGCGGUUAUUGGGUGUUACGGGAAGUCGAUUACCAAUCUUGCCCUCACGAGUCUCCGGAAUGUGACCCAAAAAGGGUUUUGGGCAAUGGGUAAUGCGAGAGGUCUUGAAUCUUUAACGUCGUUAACGGUAGUUUCGUGUAAUGGUGUUACGGAUCUAUGCCUCGAAGCUAUCGGAUAUGGGUGUCGAGUGUUGAAGAAUAUGGCGCUUAAAAAGUGUUGUUUUGUAUCCGAUAACGGGUUGGUUUCUUUCGCUAAAGCCGCUCGUUUUCUUGAAAGUUUGCAGCUAGAAGAGUGUAAUCGGAUCACACAACAUGGGAUUUUGGGAACUUUAUCGAAUCAAAACUCGAAGUUGAAAUCUUUCUCGCUUGUAAAGUGUAUGGGAAUCAAAGAAUUAGCCCACGAACCGGUUGACUUCUCCGAAAGUCAAUCUUUACGAUCGUUAACAAUUAAGAACUGCGUUGGAUUCGGAAACACUAAUUUGGCGAUGAUUGGGAAGUUAUGUCCACGUUUGCAUAAUCUCGAUCUAACCGGGCUCGACAAGAUAGACGAUACAGGUCUUUUCGAACUUCUCAAAGUCUGCAAAGUUGGACUUUUAAAAGUCAACCUUACCGAUUGCAUACACUUGACCGAUAACGUAGUGAAAGCUUUGGUUAAGAUCCACGGCGAAACCCUAGAAGUGCUUAAUCUUGACGGAUGCAAGAAAAUCGGUGACAAAACCUUGGCGGCAAUCGCGGAAAACUGCUUAUUUCUCAAAGAUCUCGAUGUUUCAAAGAGCUGCGUUACGGAUUCUGGUGUUGCUUGUUUGUCUAGUAGCGGUCGAAUGAACCUGCAGGUUCUUUCGUUAUCGGGUUGUUCUAGGGUCUCUAACGAGAGUUUGUGUUCGUUUGAGAAAUUGGGAAAGACCCUUGUGGGAUUAAAUCUCCAAGGCUGCAACUCGAUUAGUAGUAGUGUGAUCGAGUCGCUUGUGGUUAACCUAUGGAGAUGCGAUAUACUUACUUGAAAAAUAAACGGUCCUAAGUUGUUCCUAACCGCACUUGCGGACGGUGAAUCUUGGUGAACCUGGUUGGCAUAAUGGUCCGGUUUUUGCAGGCUUGAGUGGUCUGUUUGUGAAUCUUUGUGUAAAACUGAGAGACACUGUUUGGACUUUUGUUGACCAUGGUUCUUUGAGAGUUUCUGUUUUGGGGGUUAGUUUGCAGGGUGAGGGUGUGGUUCGGACCAUCGUGUAUGAGGUUCAACCAUGUGUGUCCACUGGUUCGGUUUUGUAUGGAGUGAAGGAGGGUGGUUCUGGCUUUUUGGGCAAUGGUUAGAUGCUUAGAUUGUUGAUGGUUGACUUUUGGUUGGUGUCAAAGUCAAAGAAACCAUUUGUGUUUGAAUUUGGUCAUCCAGAUGCUCAUGUAUUUGUGGGAUUUUAGUCUUGUAUGCAGUUUUAAUUAACUUGUUUUAAUUUUCAAUAUUCAUUGUACCUUUUGAUC